CUAUUUUUUUUGGUUUGACAGUGUCGCUGUCAUUGUGUAAGUUUGAUCAAGUUGAGGUAAAAAGUCAGUAAAACGAAAAAAAAACUUGUAUAAAUGCUAAUUCACUCACGAUAGGUCACAAAUGGCUUGAAUAUUCCUUACCCGUAGUUGUUAUUUGUAUAAUAAUUGCGGGAAUAGCGAUGGCUUGGCGGAGUCAUGGAGUAAACAACGCUGAUAUGAUCCGAAAUUUACGGGCAAAUGGCAUCAUAAAAACAGAUGUUGUAGCGAAUGCAAUGAUGGCUGUUGAUCGAAAAAACUACUGUCCGUAUGCGCCAUAUCAUGAUUCUCCUCAAUCUAUUGGUUAUUCUGCUACCAUCAGUGCUCCACACAUGCAUGCACAUGCCUUAGAGAAGCUAAAGACUCAACUUGUACCAGGAGAAAAAGCAUUGGAUGUUGGCUCUGGUUCAGGGUACCUUACAUCUUGCAUGGCUAUGAUGGUUGGGGAGACAGGACGAGUUGUAGGAAUAGAUCACAUACCGGAACUUGUGGCUCUUGCAACCAAAAAUAUUCAGAAAGAUAACCCAACCCUGCUCUCAUCAGAGAGGAUUAAAUUGAUAGCUGGAGACGGUCGUCAAGGAUACCCAGCUGAAGCUCCCUAUAAUGCUAUUCAUGUAGGAGCUGCUGCACCUUCACUCCCUCAAGCUCUGGUUGACCAGCUGAAACCCGGUGGUAGACUGAUUGUGCCCAUAGGACCUGAAGGUGGAGAACAACAUUUAACCCAGGUCGACAAAGCAGCUGACGGCACUACUACAGUGAAAAAACUAAUGAGCGUCAUUUAUGUACCACUCACGGACAAGGAUCAUCAAUAUCGUAUUUGGCGUUGAUAUUAAAUACCCGUAUGGCCAUUUUAAUUGAUCAUAAGUGUAACUCCCUGUUUCGAAUAUGAAAUUUGUUGAAAUGAUAAUUAUACACUAUUGAUAAUAUAAUUUAUUAU